UGUCAGUGUAAAGAAGAACGGAAAGUCUACACGCGCAAAAUGUUACUAAAGUCGUCAAAAAAAAUUCUUGGAAAAAAUUACUGAAAAAUAAAAUGAAAGUGCAGACAUUAAAUAUCAUAGAAUAAAAAAAAAAGAAUUAAAUAAUUCUUAUAUUUUUUCAAAGAUUCAAUCAAUUAAAAAGAUUUACUUACGGCUUAUUUUUAAUAUUAACAACCAUCAAUGAGUGUUCAUUAAACAUUUGUCUGGUUUAUUAACUGCGUUUGUUGAUGGAAAAAUAGUGUAAUUUUUUUUAAAAUAAAAAAUAACUAGUAUUGGAAAAAGAAUGCUUAAGGAUACAACUUUUACGAAAUAAAUGGUUAAAUAUGGGCCAAACAUCAUUAACUUUGUUGGAAGGAUUUACGUUUAUAUAAACUAAUUUACAGUGCUUACGCUUUCUUGAAAAUUGGAUUAAUUCAAUAGGGUAUUAAACAUACUAUCAAAAUUGAAAACGGCUAAUAUUUGCAUGAAAUAAGAUUGGAAGCGGAAUGAAAAGGAAAAAUAAAGUUCUUGGCAUUAACAAUAUACAUAAGUCAUAAUAAAACUAUACGCGGUAUCAGUGAAUGAGUGUAUGUGAUAAUAUUGUAUCUCGAAUAAAUAACCACUAAGAAAAUGUAUAAUUAAAAAAAGGAUUUUCCAAAGCAUUAAAACAAUUCUUGAUAAUAUUUAAAUAGAUCAAAGUGAAAGUGGUGUUUGUUCCUUAAAAAUAUUAAAACGUUCCUUCUUGUUAAUACUCAUUCAUCAUCACAAAGAUAAAUAAAAUUUAAAUUUGUAAAAAUACAAAUUUUGUUUUGUAAAAAUAAUAAUUUAAGACUAGAACAACAUUUUUAAUGCAGCAAUGGCUUCUACUUGGCGUUAUGGGAAACGAAGUAAAUACCGGGCUAAAGUUUCGCAAGAUUCUGAAGAUAAUUACCGUUUGGAUCCAAAAAAAUCUGCAGCAGAGAAUUGUUUUGAUAUAUAUACCGCAUUAUGCUGUCGUGACACACGGGAUGCGAAGCGCCUCUUCCUUCUCAAUGGGUUGGCCACAUUAUGCCAGCAGCAAGAGCAACAAAGUAAAAAACUAAUAUCUUCAGCAAGACCUACACAUUCGAGUGGUGGUGCUUCUACGUCUGCCACUGCGUUAACAACCAUAUCUACUUUGGUGACAGCCAGGAAUUGUUUGGGAUUCUCUACAGAGGAAUUGCUUUAUUGCUUGAGUGCAUCUCUUAUUCACACAUUUACGCAAGUUCGAGCUGCAGCUUUACGAACAAUUCGUUAUGUUUUGACCACAGUUAAGGAUGUGAAGGUAUUUAAUUCAUUGCAACUCCCACAUUUGAUAUGUCGAUCUAUCGAUUUAAUGCUUAAGAAUGAUGAUGAGCGGGUGCAAGCUUUAAAAUUGAUAAGGAAAAUGCUUGCAAUUUCUGCAGAAAAUAUCAGCCCGGUCUUGGUACGUUGUUUAGUGUCCCUGGCGGACACGGGCAUUGAAGAAAGUGAUAAUUUAUUAAGAGCAUGUUUGGCAACGCUUUGUGAGUUUGCUGUAUUAAAUCCAACGCUACUAAUAUGCUGUGGUGGUGUUACGUCUAUAACACGCAACGUGUUGGAGUGCCAUAAUCCACGUAUAGCAGAAAGUUUGAGCGGUGUUCUUUUGUAUUUGUUGGAAUGGCCUCAGACUCGCAAUAUAUCAGGUGUACGUUUGGAUUGUCUAGCAGCGCCCUAUUGCGACUUCACAUAUCGUUUGGGGAUUAUGGAUAAAAAUAAAGAUGCGCGCGAGUUACGUUAUACAAGUUGUCGACUAGCAUUGUUGUCCGUAUUACGCAGCUGGACAGGAACCAUUGAAUUCUGUGAUCCAAGUAAACCGUCUGGUUUAAAAGCAAUAGUUGACGCUUUAUAUUUAAAUCAAAUAGAAGUUAGAAAAGCAAUACUAGAAUUGCUAUAUGAACUUUUAGGUCUUCCACAACCAAUAUGGACUGAUGACUACAUUGUGGCUUUGCAGGCGGUAGAUCCGUCUGACUUCCAAGUCAACUGGCUUUUGAGUAACGGUUUUGUGGCCGCUGAGGGUCGAAGCAUUUUACCAAGUUUGGCAGCUCGAACGCCAAAUAUAUGUGAACAACACCUUGCUUUGCAGUUGUAUUGCUUUCUCGAGACCGGUCUUGUAAAUGCGCUAGUAGAGGUUAUUGUUUCAAGCGAAACUGCAGUAUCCGUUGCUGCCACCGUUUUAAUUGGAAAAAUACUACAUUUAAUGCAUACACAUCUUCCAGCCGAUAUAUGUAGUACUAGCCCCGCAUUGCCGACCUUAAUAUCACACGCAACCCAAGGAAAUCAAAGAGCAAGUGCAGCUAUAUCAGCAUUGCAAUGUUACCAAAAGAUGCUAAGAAAUCGGCCAGCCUCGAGUAGUUUAUUUUUAGAUAGUAUUAUUCAAGAAGGCUCUCUAAUACACACUAGACUAUUUAGACGUGAAAUAAAUGCCUUACCUUUUCCAUCCGGCCUGCAGUCACCAACAGCAUCACAAGUUAACACUGGCGUAUCACAGUUACAGGCAAUGGGCGGUACAUUAGAAAGGCCACGUCAUGAUUCUGUCUCUUCGAGUGACGAAUCGAAUUCACAGUCCUCUUCGACGAGAAGAUCAAGUUUCCGCUUAAAAUGUAAAUUACUACCAUUUCUGGAAAAUAUUAAAGUGAAUCGUUUAAUUAAAGAAUCCAAUGUUUUAAAUGCUAAGGAUGGUUCCGGUUGGGAAUGGGAAAUUAUAUCUACUAUAAUAAGGUGUAAUUUGAUAAGGAAAUUGGAAGAACCAAGUUUGCAGUUUUUGAAAAAUCUUAUCGGUUAUUUCAAACCCAGUCAUAAUCAUUUUUCUCACCAGGAACUAGUACAUGGUAAAUCUUUACCAGUUUAUGUAAAAGUUGGUUUAGACUUUAUUGACUGGUUGCUGGCCAUAAGUCCUUUUGAGAGCAUUCGUUUGUUGACUGAUUUUUUUACGGAUGUGGCCACACAGUUGUUGGCUGUAACCACAUCAAAUCGUGCUCACGAUUGUCUAUUUAGUCCCCAGCAUAUGAAUAAUACUAUGUGUCAACAGUAUUUUUUAUUUAUUGGACGUAUGUGUCGUUCUCAGAAGGGCAUCAGUAUUUUAACGAAUACAGCCGUAUUUGAACAUCUUAUUAACCUGGUUCGGAAUACUGAGCACGUGUGCUAUGUAAAGUUAAUAGUUUCCGGAUUGGAUUACACAUUGGAUUCCAUUACUCGGAAGGUAUUAGAAAAUGCCUUGACUUCUGCAAAAACUCGAAGUGGUCGUUUGUAUGCUACCCAAUUUUUAGUAGUUUUAUUACGUUCCCGUAUACCAAACUUUGAAGUUUGGGGCAUACCAUUAAUUAUACAACAAACGAAAGAUUCUGAUCGUAGUGUAGUUCUAGCCGCUAUGGAUGUUCUGGAAGAAGCUUGCCAUGAAAAGUAUUAUCUAGAGGAAAUUGUAAGUCUGUGGCCAAAUUUAAAACCUCUUGGCGACAUUGGUCGCAUAUUAAUGGCACGGUACUAUUCUCUACCACGUGGCCUAAAUCAGCCGAAGGCGCGAAUUAAAGAAGAAAUCGAAUACUGGAAAAAUGGUUACAAUAAGAGAUAUGUAUUGCUGGUAGAAGCCGACACACAUUCCAGUUUAACAUUGCACAUUCGUAACGAAGAUGGGUACUAUAGUCGGCGAAAUUGCAAUACACGUCCCAUAAUUAUUCCACCAAAUAUACCAGCUCAUUUAUAUGGCCAGAUGGUGCAAACCACGCAGGGUACAACAGCAUUAAGGAAAUUUGGCGAUUUGACACAGCUAAUGGACGUUGUAUGUCGUGGCAAAUGUUCAGAUGAAUCCGAAUGUCUUGAACUUAAAGCAGCCAUAUGGGCCAUUGCUCAUGCUUCUACACAUUCGAAUGGAAUUGAAUUUUUCUUAGAAUCUGGAUCAAGAAUAUAUGACAAAUUUGUGUUUCUGGCAACAAAAUGUGAGGUAUAUUCCAUACGUGCUACAUGUUACAAUUCUUUGGGCCUCAUAGGUAGCACCAAUGCUGGUGCCAAUGUUUUGUUUAAAUUGAACUGGUUAAGUGUUCGUCAUGAUCGAAAUACUAUUUGGCCAGUACACCAACCUGAAGACUGGAUGUUAGGCAAUUAUACUCCCGUAAGACAUCACUACGAAGAUAUGCCCCCUUAUAAUUAUACCGGGUUGGAAGAUCAAAUUGAUGGUUCCUAUUACACAGGCAGCUACUGGAAUCUUUUGUUAAGUAGCACUAGCACCAACCGUGAUGCUGUUGGGGCAGCUAGUGCCAGCUCAGAGGCCCAGGAUGCUAAUACUACUACCGAUAGUAUAAAGACGUCUGGAGAAGAGGUUAGUGGAGACAAUAUCUCACAACCAAAUAAACUUAGUUCGCCACGAACUAAACUUGAGAAGACAUACUCUUCUAAGCAGGUUGGAUCAGCAAGCAUUGGAGUUGGCGGAACAAGUGUAAGUGGCAGUGUCAGUGCAAGUGGCAGUGGAAAUGUUAUACCUGCGUCAACAAAAUCAAAAACGUUGCCGGAAGGAUCCUACUUGCGCCACGGCAAACAUCAACGUUCUCUGUCUGAGUCCAAAACGACCGAUGUCAUAAGUCUUCUGAGUACAACAGGUGCUGGAGGUAUUCUACCUACGUCGAGCUCCGGAUUUUAUCAUUCGCAUCGAACUCGUUACAACUCGUGUACUGAUUCCAAUACAUCUGGUGUUAGUAGUUGUGAAUCUGUUACAGGAAGAGCAGCACCGAUGGGGGAAUUGCAACAGUUUCCCCUAAGCCCCAUACCAAGUAUGUCGAAUCUUUUAGAAAUUCCGCUGGGUCAAUCAUCAUUACUUCGACGAACUUCACUGGUAGGAAAUUCGUAUUUACAAAAUGCCAUCAGUCCGGUUGAUAUUAAAGGAUAUGCUCAGCUGCGCUCGCUAAGGCGACAUUGCCGACCAGUUUUAUCUGAAUCGGCCGCCGAACUGUACGAUAUAGUUGAUCGCAUGGAAUUAUUAUCAUUUGCUUCCUUUCGCCCACGAAAAUCGUCCUUUGGAGAUUCUCAGCGUAAAAUGAAAGUGCGAAGUUUGGACAGGCAAACUUCUUUGAGAAUGUAUGCACAUCUAGAUACUGAAGAACUACAAGUACCACUACCGUCACUAAAUACGCCGAAAUUUUUAUCUCAAAGUGACUUAAAGGGACCUUGUUAUGCCGGUAUAAGUCUGCCAAAAAAUCUAUUGGACAUGUUUCCGACACGCAAUCUGUCACGAACCUACGUAUCACAAGACAUUCAAGAUCAAGAUCUAAUGGACAUUAAUUUGCUAACCUCUAAACAACAAUUCCUAAAUGAUUCUCUUAAUAACGAGGCUGGGGAUGAGUCAUCGGUCAUAUCAUCACUUUCUGACGUGUCGUCGGUAAGUAAAAGAUCGAAAUGGAUAGGAGCCAAACAUGGACGAAGUAACUGUCUGCAUUGUUGUCGUCUGCGGAAGUCAGUUCGUUCACAAAAUCAGUCCCGUUUGGAUGGCGGAGCAAGCGAUUUGUCAUCAACGACAACGCUAUGUGAAAUGUAUACAAAUGCUUCUGCGGCAUUAGUUGCGGCAGGUAUACAGGCAACUGUAGCAUUAGCUAGAAAAGGUGGAGGAAAUAAUUCCGCUGGUGGUACCAGUGGAGUAUCCACAAAUAAAGUACCCUUGUAUCAACAACAACAGCAAUUUAGUAAUACUUCUUCAAUACAACUUUCAGAAUUGCAGUUCCAUUCACCUGAAAGCAUUUUAAGCGAGGAAAGUUUGCCAGAUAAAUUAACGGCAAACAUUCUAUAUAACGUUCAGCGUUUAGCUAACCCUGUCAGUGCUAAACAGUCCAAAAUGGCAUUAUUAGAGCUUAAACAGAAACAUCCUACUUCAUUUCAAGACAUUUGUUUAUAUUCCGAAGUUUGCCGAACGUUGGGUCGUAGCAGUUAUCGAAUGAACGCAAGGCGUUUCUUGCAAGAAUUAUUCUUAGAUUUAGAAUUUGAUUCGUUCUACAAUGAACCCUUGGAUAUAAUUAGCAAAAAAGAAAAGGAAUCAUUUAAAAGCUCUGAAAACAAAGAAAGGACUGUUGGAGCAGACAAAUUGUCGUUAUUGAAGGAAAGAAUGAAAAGAGAUUUAAAUUCUUCUGGUAACCGUCUUGAUAACAGUUUGGUAGAUUCGCGUGCAGAAUCCAUUCAAUCUGCCACAACCGGAAGCAACAAUGUGAUAGUGAUUGGUUCCCAAACAAUGAAGACCCACUUAAAGUCUCAACCUUUGGCUAGUGUCUAUGAAGCGAGUUGCGAAAACUUACUUUUAGAUCCGUCACCUCGACUUAAAAAUUCAUCAAUUUCAGGAAAAUCAGUAAAUUCUAAACAAAAUUGCAAAAAUUUUACCAUUGCGCCACCACCAGCAGCACCACCGCCUUUGCAGGAAUACAAUACAGAACUCAGAAUAACUUCGGAUGACGACGAUGAAGACGAAAACGACAAUGUCGACGAAGACGAACAUUCAGGUAACAGUAGUAAUUAUCGUUCCCCUCAACGACAAAAGCAACAACUCUCUGAUGAAGUCGAUGGCCCCACUGUUCGUCCAUCAUCAUCAGUAAAUAGUCUCAAUCCUGCAUCAUCCUCCAAUUUAAUGCAUCCUAUACAAUAUACCACUGCCUAUUCGUCUCAAAACAAUUAUUUACAGAGCGGGGGUAGUGUCAGUACCCCCAUCAGCAGUAGUAACUGCAGUGAUCAGACGACUACGAGUAACCGUAGCAGUAUAUGUACUAUAAGCCAUCAUCCUUUAAGUAACAAUAACAGCAACAACAGAUAUAACUCAACACCACUUACAUCACCAUCUCAACCUAAAUCUAUAGAGAAUGAAAAUACUAAAUUUCGUAGAGGCCGUUUUUAUACACUAGAAUUGGAUUUAAGUUGUACAAAAAAUAAAUUUCCUAUAACCGAUAGAACAAAGGCAAAUAUAAAUUCAACUUUUGUUCCUAAGACGGUUAUUGAAAAAACACCAAUCGCAUCAACUGCAUCAACAUUAAUAUCCAUAACAUCGCCCAAUAAGCCAAUAAGAACGAAUGCCUCAUUACUAAGGCAGCACUCGUUGGGUUCUGACUCCUCAUCUAACUAUAAACUCCCUGUUUCACGCCUGUCAUACACAGCUGGACUAACGCCAUUGUCAACUUCAACAACAUUAACGAAAUCCAUUUCCUCAUCGAACGACUCUAAUAAUCCAAAGUAUUUAAUAACGAAAAGUUUAGCAGCGUCCUUAGUACAGCCUUUUGGAACUUUGUAUUGUGAGAAGCGACUACAACCCUCCAAAUCUGAAGCUGUGUUGGUGCAGAAUCCUUCAAUUACAACUGUUACUUCCGGUUCUCUACCAUCAACGUCGAGGACUUGCAAAGGUGAUAGUAAUAGUAGUUCUAGUGACAGCACUUUUCCCUGUAGCGCAGUCAAAAAAACAAGCACAAUUUCACGUUCUUCAUCGAGUCAUGAAGGAGAAAAUCAGCAUAAGCAAUCAUAAUUGUAAAUUCUUAUAUACCUACCUAUAAAUUAUUUAAUACUAUUACUAAAAAAUAUUCACCGAAAUGUACACUCACGUAAUUUAUAUUCUUUAAUAUUCUUUAAUAUUUUUACGCAUCUACAUAUGUAUAUGUAUGUAUGUCAAGGUGAGUACAUUACAUAUACAUACAUUGUUAAUGCCGUUUUGCUUUGUUAUUUCAUUUAAACUCAUUAAGUGCAUCUCAAAAAUGAAUUUGAAAUACAUAUACGAUCUGAUACAGUUAACGCAUUUUGUAAUUGUCCUUUAUUGACUAAUGUAAAAGACCAUUUUAUUAUGUUAAUAAAUAUCUGUAAUUCGCUGCCACUACAGAAUUUGGCGAUUUUUUAUAUUCAUGCACAUCUUGUACUGGUCCUAGAUUUAUACAAAAUUGUUAAAAUAGUUUAUUUUUUCUUCAAUUUGACUAGGGUCCAAACUAGAAUUAAAAUGAUGUUUUUAAUCGACAAGAUCUUCUUGAAUAUAAAAAGGGUAAAUAUAUUUAAAUUUCACUUAACAAUUUUAUAAUACGGCAUUUAAGAAUUUUUCGAUGUUUAUUACACUAGAAAUAAUCCAUGCCUUAUAUCGUCACCUGAAACGCAAACGGCCCUAACUAAAAUCGAUUUUAUUGUUGAUUUUAAUGUAUUACAUCAAAAAAAUGUCCAUUAGAUAAAAAAGUAAAAUUUAUCCAUUUUUAUAUACCCCAUUGUCAGCUAUAAUAUAUAAUAUAAUUAGUUUUUUGCUUCUCCUGUAAAAUUUUAAAAAUAUUUUGCGUUUGCGUUUUAGAUGACGAUGUGUAUAUACGAAAAAUGUCGUACAUUGUACGAAAUGCUUCGUUGUUUCGCACCACGAAAUUGUUUCGUAAUAUAUAAGAAAUUGUACGAAAUAUUUUAGUAUAAUGCAUAAUAAUUUAGAAAAAAUCGUUUAUUUUACUAAAUACUUUUUAAAUUACAUAAAUUUUAAAAUGUAAAUUUAGAAUAAAUUGUGAAAUUUACGAAAUAUUUAUUUAUAUACAAAAACCUCGUACAUUUGAAAUAAUUUUACAAAAAAAUCUUUACUUUAUUAAAUGUCGCAUGCCUUAACGAAAUUAUUUUUGUAAAAUAAAACGAAGUUUCCUAAGGUUUUCGUAUUUUGGUAAAAUUAGAAAAGGGCUUGAUUAAAUAAUAUUUCGUAUUAUUCACAAAAUUUUCGUAUAUAUUACGAAAAAGUAUAUAUUACGAAAUCAUGGAUAAUUUUCAGUGUAGGGUGGUUCGAAAAAAAACUUUUUUGUCGAAUCAACUUCUAAUUGUGAAAUUUUGUUAUAUUUCAAUUAUUUUUAGCGACUUUUUUGAGUUUUCUUUUUUUAAAUUUCGCUUUAACUUUACCUUAACUUCAUUUUGAUAUUCUCGCUUUUAAAAACUUUUCGUGGAAAUCCACAAAAACACAAUAAUUAAAACAUAAAUGCAAAAUAUUAAAAAAAAUAACUUUGAUCCCAGUUCUAAAAGGGUUAAUACUUUACGAUUUUCAUAAAACUGUGUUUACCCCAGUAAAGUUAGGAAAAAAUAGCAAUCUGGGGAAUUUUAGAUAGCUAAAUGAAAAUUAAUAAUUAGUAACGGGUUAAAAGUCACCAAAAUGUCGUGUGCGCUAAGCGAGAUAUUGGAGGUCAAAGGUUACAAAAAUCUGUUUUUAGCGAAUAUCUCGCUUAGUAUUGCGUCUUACGCUUUUUGAUGCUAUUCUCUCUAUAGAGAAUUGAAUUUCCUACAUUUCGUUUGAAGAAUAUUUUUGCAUAUCAUUUGUUCUUUUCGAGCUAUAGUGCAUUAUUUUUCUAUUGCACUAGUAUUUUGUUCAGUAGAGUAUAUUCUUCAAUAAACUUUUUGCGACGAAAAUGUAUGUUUCUGGUUAGAAAUAUUUAAGUACCCACUUUCAAUUAAGGUGUAUAAACAUCGUUCACACAUUUGUUUUUGAUUUAAAAAGAGCUGAUCAUUAAAUUGAUUUAAAUAUAAAAAUAUUACAAUAUUCAUAAAAUGUAUAUUACAAUCAUACAUUUCUAUUUACUUACAAAUAUUGCAACAGCCAAACUGCGAUUUCUUUAUAAUUUUAUUUUUCAAACACUUUUACUUGAUAAAAUAUUAAAAAUUUUUGGCCGUAUUCUAAACAAAAAAUAAAAACCUAACUACAAGUCGCAGACAUAUUACUUGUUUCAAUUUUUUUCGUAAUGCCUUUUAGUUUUUAUGUAAUGUUUAACAGAAUUUCUUUAUAUUGAAUUGAAUUAAAAAAGUAAAAUUUUGAAGAACAACAUAUAUUCUUAAUCAAUUUUAUAAAUUAUAGUUAUAUGUAUAAAUUUGAUAAAUUUUAUAAUUGGUUAUGAGAAAGGCAGUAUGUACAUAUAUGCGUACAUUUUUAAAAUCUCUUGUUUAUUGUAAUUAUUUUUAUUUUGCUGAAAGAAUAGUAAAUGAUUUUCCAUUUAAUAACUUGAAUUGUAUGUAGAAAAAGUAAGGCUCCCAACUAAAUAUAUUUUAAUAUUUUCUA